GGCGCUGCUCUUCUUUCGCACAGUUUCAUUUGACUAAUCUCAUGCCAAUGGACCUUCUUUCAUGGCUGCUUCUUGCUCUCUUCACCAUUUCCACUGCUAAUCCUUUUUCUUCAAAUCAAUCCCAAGAAGAUGCAUUAUGGCUUCUGAAUUUCAAAGAUUCAAUAUUUCACGAUCCCAACAAUCUACUUCUCACCUGGAAAGCCUCAACUCAUCCCUGCUCCGCCUCGGCCGCCGGCGGCGGCUGGUAUGGGGUUUCAUGUGAUCCGCUUUCUGCUACCGUCGUCUCCCUCAACCUCACUGGAGGAGGUCUUGUCGGGGUGCUGCUACCUUCUAUUGGUAAUCUGACUAACCUUCAAGUUUUAUCUCUCAAUCGUAACUCGUUCUCCGGCCACAUUCCGCCGGAGCUCGGAAAACUCAAGUCUUUACAGACUUUGAAACUUCAAGGGUGUAAUUUCUCCGGGAGCAUUCCCAAUCAGAUACGAUUUCUUUCGUCUCUGCGCCUGCUUAAUUUGUCUUAUAAUUCGCUUUCCGGUUCUAUACCUAGUGGUUUGAUUGGUUCAGGGAGGUUAAGUGUGAUUGAUUUGUCGAAUAAUCAACUCUCUGGGGAUCUUAGUGUUAGCGAUAAUUGCGAGUUUUUGCAAUGUCUGAAGCUAUCUAACAAUUUCUUGGUGAAUGAAAUUCCUCCUGAGAUAGGAAAAUGCUCCAAUCUGAGGACCCUCUUGCUCGACGGAAACGUUUUCCAGGGUAGAAUUCCGAUUCAGAUAGGCAAGAUUUCUCAACUUAGGGUGCUGGAUGUUUCUAGGAAUAGUCUCACUGAUAAAAUUCCGCCUGAACUUGCCAAUUGUCUCAAGCUUUCUGUUGUGAUGCUCACCAAUUUGGCUGAUUUAGGCUCUUCAUUUUACAACGUUGGUGCUAAUGGAAGCGAGGGGUCUGUGCUGGACUUUUCGAGAGGGGAAUUCAAUGCCUUUAAUGGAGGCAUCCCUUCGGAGCUCUUGUUGCUUCCUAAUCUUCAGAUACUGUGGGCGCCAAGGGCUAAUCUUGGCGGACAAUUGCCCAGUAACUGGAGUAAUCUUCGAUCAUGCUCUCUGAGAGUCCUUAAUUUGGGGUCGAAUAAUAUUACUGGUUCUGUGCCAGAGAGUUUGGGUGUCAUUUGCAGAAAUCUGACAUUCUUGGAUUUGAGUUCAAAUGGACUGCAAGGACACCUUCCAAGGCAGCUCCGAGUACCAUGUAUGCUGUACUUCAACAUUAGCCGGAAUUCGUUGUCCGGUGCUCUUCCCCAAUUCGAGAAUAGGGGUGGCUGUGAUUUUCGCAUUGCAGACUAUGGCCGAGAUGGAACUAGUGUCUUAGAUGAGGAAGACAUUCAAAAAGUUUACUUCAAUAUCCCAGUGUGGGGCUAUCAGAUGAAUGUGGAUGCAGCUGUAGACUGUGAUAGUGCUCUUGUUGUUGCUCAUGAUUUCAGCUGGAAUGCUUUUGCUGGUCCAUUGCCCCUCUUCUCAGUCGGAGAAGACUUUUUGCUCACUCGGGGUAGAGCCAGGUAUAAGUUGUUUUUCAACAAUAACAAUUUUAAUGGAACUUUUCCUACUGACCUAAUUACAAACUGUAAUGAUCUCCAUAGCCUUUCCCUUACUGUUAGUGCAAACCAGAUAAAUGGAGUUUUAGAUGCCAAAUUCUUUGGGUGCUUGAGAAUAAUUGACUUUGAAGCAGCAGAAAAUCAGAUUGAUGGAUCCAUUCCCCCCGAGAUUGGGAACUUGGAAUUGCUCCAAUAUCUAGACCUGAGUAGCAACAGGUUAUCUGGAUCCCUGCCCUAUCAAUUAGGGGAACUGAAAAAUGUAAAACAAAUUCUUCUUGGAGAGAACAACCUGAGAGGAAAAAUUCCUGCCAAAUUUGGCCAUUUAACUUCUCUUGAAACUUUGAAUCUAUCUUAUAAUGGGCUAACUAAUUCCAUCCCUGAAAGUCUGGCCUAUGCCACGAGUCUUGAAAUUUUGUUGCUGGAUCACAACAAUAUAUCGGGAGGGAUCCCUUUGUCCCUUUCAACCCUUUCCCGACUUAUUCAACUUAAUCUAUCUUUCAAUAACCUUUCUGGUCCCAUACCUCAUUUUCAACGCAUUACAGAUUGCACUACCUUCAGGGGAAAUAAAUUUCUCCAUUCGUGCCCCGAUCAAGAUUCAGCACCGCCUGCCAGGAGUCCUAUCCCUCCUGAAAUCCAAAAACCACAACAGGGCCGGAGAAAAUUGAAAUCUUUUGUCAUUGCAAUAUGCACGUCUGUGCCUAUUGUGCUCUGUGCUCUAGUGGUGACAGCUUUUUUCCUCAUUGGAACGAAAAGGCUAAGAAGAGUUGCUAGCCUGCAUAGGAAUGUUGUAACAGCUUUUGCAGAUGCACACCUGGAGUUGAAUUAUGAUAACGUAGUUAGAGCAACUGGAAAUUUUGGCAUUGGCAACUUGAUUGGAACUGGAGGCUUUGGAUCAACGUACAAGGCAGAAUUAGUCCCAGGCUUCCUUGUUGCAGUAAAGAAGCUUUCGAUUGGUAGAUUUCAAGGCAUCCAGCAAUUUGAUGCAGAGAUAAGAACACUUGGAAGAAUCCGACACAAGAACCUGGUCACUCUUUUUGGAUAUUAUGUUGGAGAAGAUGAAAUGUUUCUAGUCUACAACUUUCUUUCAGGUGGGAAUCUUGAACAUUUCAUACAUCAAAAAUCAGGUAUGAAUAAGCAUUGGCCUACCAUUCACAAGAUAGCCAUGGACAUUGCCCAGGCUCUCACUUUCCUUCACUAUUCGUGUGUUCCACGUAUAGUUCAUCGCGAUAUUAAGCCUAGCAACAUCCUGCUCGACGAGGAACUAAAUGCCUACCUUUCAGAUUUUGGGUUGGCCAGGCUUUUAGAAGUCUCGGAUACACAUGCCACUACUGAUGUAGCAGGCACAUUUGGGUAUGUGGCUCCCGAAUAUGCAACCACUUGUCGUGUUUCGCACAAGGCAGAUGUUUAUAGCUAUGGUGUUGUGCUCUUGGAACUGAUGUCAGGGAAGAAGUCACUCGAUCCAUCCUUCUCUGAAUGUGGGAAUGGAUUCACGGUUGUUGCAUGGGCUAAGUUGAUUAUUGAGGAUGGACGCUAUUCUGAGUUCUUCUCUCCCGAGUUAUGGGAAUCGGGACCCCAGGAGAAUUUGGUUGCCAUGUUAAGGCUGGCAUCAAGUUGCGCAGGGGAAACCCUUUCUGUUAGGCCAUCAAUGAAGCAGGUUCUUGAGAAGUUGAAGCAGUUACACUCUUGAUGAUAGGAUGUCCUUCACCAUUGUUAGGCCAUCAAUGAAUGUGAUUGUGCUUGGCUUUGUAGAAGAUGAAAAUAUUCAGAUAGAUUGUCUGCACUUGAACAUAAUUUUUCAUGAUUUGGUCCUACCAUUUCAGGAUUUUAUUUCUGUUUCUGAAUCUCCAUCAAGAAAAUGUUACAAAGGCGCUUGCAGGAAAUUGCCAGAGGACACACACUGAAUCUGUGCAUCUAUAUCAUCCGUGUUACACACUCUAACAACUCUAAAUGUGGGGAGGAAUGACCUGCUGCAAAAUGCAUCGUACUUCCAAGUGAAAAAUCUUAUCGUGAUUUUUGGCUUUUCUACAGAGAUCAGUACAGAGUUCUGGUUGUCUGAUAAUCCUGUAAGGGAUUGCAAGAUUGAAGCAGCAGACAACUAGCAAAAUUGGUACAAAGCUUCCACAUCCAAAGACAAAUGGUAGGUUAGACAACCUACUGCCAUCUUGAGGGAGAUAAGAAGAUAUGUUCUACAUUUUUGGUGCAUUCUUCCAAAUUUUCACAAUUCUGAGUAGAUGACGUGCAGAAUAUGCAUUCAUGAUCAUAGUUGGAGUGCUUUUUCCUUUUCAAGUGAAAAACUACAAUACGAUGUAAUGAUCAUCUGCUGCAGUUUCAUUUGCAGAAGUUUUUGCCUAAUGUAAUUUAUAGCCUGCAAAAGCUCUAGAAAAUUAUAUAAUUCUUAAUAAAAAAGGAGAUGAAACACAAAA